AUGUUGGAUUCUAGAUGGGCAUCUAAUGGCGGUCGUGUGUCAUCUGCUGCUGUUGGAGCGCCUGCUGCCUCUGGUCGUCAACGUCGUGGUCAGGUGAUGUUGAACCCUGACGAUGUGUACGAUCCAAUGUACCCUAACGACUAUGAACGUCUUUUACGAGAGCAAGCACAGCGUGUCAUGCAGCCAGCUUCUCGUGUUCAGCUAAAAUUUGCGAAUGUGGAGCUGGAGAAGCUUUCUGCUGAGGAAGCCUAUCAACGUCGCAUGAGACUUCUUGAGGAGCAAGAACGUAAAAGUAGUGCGGGUUCGGCGACACCAGCUCAAGAAGAUGGCCCCAAAGACAUUGGUAUGCGUAUUAUGCAGAAGUUAGGCUGGACCGAGGGUAAGGGAUUAGGUGCUAAUGAGCAGGGUAUAGUUGCACCUCUGAUAGCCAAGAAUGUGGGCAAAAAUGUCGGUGUGAUAGUGCAAGCUAGUUCUCCUUUGGCAAAUCGCACCAUGAAAGGGGUGGGUGGCCAGAGACCGGUUGGUUCCGGUGGCGGUGCUCAAGCAUCCGCCACCGAUGCGGCCACUGAGAGUUCGUCUGGCACUCCGGCUACCCGUAUACUGAAACUGUCAUUCUGUCACUGCGUCAAAUCGUCUGAGGCGCUACAGGAAGAGGUUGAAGAAUCGUUAUGCCAAUUUGGUUCCAUGGUCAACGUUAUUGUGUUAAGUGGUGGCAAUGAGGAGUUCACGGUAUACUGCGAAUAUGAAGAUACCUGCCAGGCAGACAGGGCAGACAAAGGUUUGCAUAAAGCGCUGCCAGGGUACACAGUCUCUUCGUCCUUUAUAAGUGAAGAGGAAUAUAGCUCUAUUUAG